CUGCGUUCCUGACCAGUGACCACAUCCUCUAAACAAAAUGGCGGCUAAGUUCACUAGAUUUUCUGAGAAAAGGGACACGACAGCCUCUGAUGUUACCUCUUACGAUGAUGCUGUGGAUGGUAUAGAACCUGAUGAAAGUGCUGGUCUUCACAUUCCCAUUCCUAAAAAUAAUAUGGGGUUCGUGUUGAUGCAAAAGAUGGGUUGGUCUACCAGCGGAGGGCUGGGAAAGAAUGAACAAGGUAGGAAGGAUCCAAUACCAUUAGAGCUAAAGGGAGACAACAUGGGCCUUGGGAGAUUCCAGAUGGAGUUGGACUUAGCAUCUGAAGCAACAGAGAAAAGGAAACAAUUAGAGAUUGAGAAGGAGCUCACACCAGGCCUCAUUGAUAAAUAUAAGGCGCAGGUUGCUAAGGAGCUGGCUAUAGCUGACGCAACACAAGAAUUACGGAAGACCUAUCAUUGCGAGUUAUGUGAGAAGCAGUAUAACAAAUAUUCAGAGUAUGACAAUCACCUCAACUCUUAUGACCACCAUCACAGACAGAGACUUAAAGACUUGAAGCAGUUUGAGACUGGCCUAAAGACUAAGACACCCAAGGGGACAGCAGAGGAGAUCCAGCAGAAGAAAGCAUCGUUGAAAGCUGUUGCUAAAGAGAGGGCACAAAUGAAAGUGGAAAGAUACCAGCAAUUAUUAGAGGGUGGUGACCUCCCUGGAUUUAAGCCAAUGGACUUUAGAAAAAAACGUCAAUCCUCUUCAUCUUCCGGUGCUUCUGCAGUCAAACCUGUGGUUGAUGUGGCAGCUAUGAUAGAGAGCAGAGAAGCUAUUGUUUCUGCUCUUCGUAAGAGAAAGAGUGAAGAGAUAGCGGAAUCGGAGAGAAAGAUAGCUGAGAAGAAAGGACGACUGGCGAAAUAUGGCGUCAAGUUUCAGUCAGCUGGUCACUUGGCAACAAUCGGGAGUGAAGAGAUGUCCUCUUAUCAAUCGAAUAUUCUCAGUACGAGUCUCCAGCCGUCCACCACCUCCUUGGAAUCCACAGCAACGUCUUCAAGUGGGUUGUACGCUGGUCGCUUUGUGUCCGCCGGAGAAAUGAAAGAGAUAAAAGAAGGAGAGGAAGAGAGAGAGAAAAGAUUAUCUGAACUGCCUCAGGCUUCGGGUCGUAAAGCUGAAUUGCAUAUGGCCGCUGCAAAGAAGGAGGAGAAGGAAGAGAGAGAGGAAGAGAGCGAUGAUGAUGAUGAGGAGGAAGACUUUACUUUGUGUGCUAGGAAGAGAAUAUUAAGAGACAAGGAAGAGAAGGAAAAGAAAAAUAACCAGAAGAAGCAGUCGAAACAAAUGACACUUAAAUUAACAGAUAAAUAUGAGAGCUACUACUACUAAUGUUAAUGUGAAUUAAUUAUUAUUUUUAACGCAAGAGAAACAAGUAUAAAAAUCCUAGCAG